CCCCUCCGUAAUGAUAAUGACAGCACUACUGGCAGUCACCAUAAAUCAGAGCAAACAUAGGCUGAAAGUACUGGUUUAUUUUAUUUUAUUUUAUUUUGCAUAAUAUGAAGUCAGUUGGCAUCGUUGUUGCUUAUUUUCUACUUCCAACCAGUAUCUACAUUAAGAUACAGCUGAGCCCACGAUUCAAGCGUAUGGUACAGAUAUUAAUAUGCAAUUCAUUAUUCCACCAGCUAGUUGUCGAAACGCCAAUUCGAAUGCACGAUUUUUGAAGGGAUAAAUGGAGUAAUGUCGUGAAAUGUAGCAUAGAAUAACCA